AUGGCGUUAAUUGAGAGAGAUCCUGGCGGCCAUACGCCUGAUUACGACGAAGAAGGUGAAGAUAGAGACCAAUUUUACAUCGAACAGCUUGUUGAGGAGUUUGUCGACGAACCUCCAAUCCGCCACGAUGUGUACCCAGAGAGUGAAGACGACGAUGAAAACGGUCCAGUUAGAGCUCGUACGAAUAUGAGGCGUGGUAGUGGGGAGUUGUUCUAUAAGCAGACGUUUUUCAAUGGAGUUGCGUUCAAGGAGGCGGUUCUCGAUUAUGUUCUCAAAACUGGGAGAAAUUUGAAACAGUACAGGUAUGAUAAAGCGAAAAUAGGGUAUAAAUGCGUUGGUGUUAAUGAUGAGGAUGGAUCUAAGUGUGAGUGGAAGGUUUAUGCGUCGAUUCUAUCAAAUGAUAGGAUGUGGAGGAUCAAUAAGUUCGUUGAUAAGCAUAGUUGUAUUCCAAAUGGAGAGUGUGAGAUGUUAAUAGUGCCUCAUAUAGCUAGGUUGUUUGUUGAUAAGAUUAGGGAUGAUCCAGAGUACUUCAUGCCAAGGAAGAUUGAAGAAAUCAUAAAGUCAGAUUGGAAGAUCAGUAUCACUAGGCCUCAGUGUCAAGCUGCUAGGAAGACAGCUAGAAAGUGGAUUGAGAGGGAGUAUGAUGAGCAGUUCCAUAGAUCAAGAGAUUAUGCAGCUGAGAUUAUGACAUCAAACCCGAAUUCACAUGUAGAGUUCGAGUGUAUUACGAACGAUGAAGGGAAGGACAUGUUCAACAGGUUCUAUGUUUGUUUUGACAACAUUAGAAGAACAUGGAUGGCGCCUUGUAGGCCGAUCAUAGGAAUUGAUGGUUGCUUUUUGAAGAAUAAGAUUAAAGGUCAGCUAUUGGUAGCUUUAGGCAGGGAUGCAAACAAUGGUAUAUAUCCAAUAGCAUGGGGAGUUGUCAAGGGAUUGAUCAAAGUUGUUUCUGAGGAGUUACCAAAGAUAGAGCAUCAGAUGUGUGUUCAACACAUCUUCGGGAACUUGAAAAAUGUUCAUGGAAAUAAAUCUCGAUUGAAGCCACUACUAUGGGAUUUGGCAUGGUCUUACAAUGAGACAGAGUAUAUGCGGCAUUUAGAGAGGAUAUUUGCUUAUGAUUCUCGCGUUUACAGUGAUGUAAUGAGGACAAAUCCAAAGAGUUGGUGUAGAGCAUUCCACAAGGUUGGUAAUUACUGCGAAGAUGUCGACAAUAACCCGACUGAGUCAUUUGACAGCUCCAUCAACAAGGCAAGAGAGAAGCCUUUUGUUGCCAUGUUAGAGGCAAUAAGACGACUGGCCAUGGUGCGAAUUGCAAAGAGGUCUGCCCUAUCUAAUUCUCACACAGGGAUCUGUACUCCAUAUGUUGUUAAGUUUNCUAACAAUAUAACACUCAUCAUCUUCUUAUUUCAUGAUUUGGCUUCACCUAAANGUCUACGGCUAAGGUAUCAAUAA